CUGAGCCUUGCCUCCAAGAGGACGACAUCUUGUCCAUGGCUGGGGUGGCUCUGAACUACGCUUCCCAGAGUCCAUAGCGAGCUGACGUUGCAUCUCAACUUGGUGAACUCUUCAGCGCUGGCGUCCUACGGAGACCGAAGGAUUCUUCAUUUAUCCAAAAAGAGAAAUCAGAGUAGGUUCUGAAUGAUUCACCAUGGCCCUUCAGGAAGUGGUGACAUUCAGGGAUGUGGCCGUGGAGUUCUCUGAGGAGGAGUGGAAGUGGAUGGAACCUGCUCAGAGGGACUUGUACAGAGAUGUGACUUUGGAGAACUUCAGUCACUUGCUCUCACUAGGACUUGUCCUUUCUAAGCCUGAUGUCAUCUUCUUAUUGGAGCAAGGGAAAGAGCCAUGGCUGGUUACAAAUUAUAUGACAAGACCUUGGCACCCAGACUUGGAGUCAAAGUAUGAGAUAGUUCCACAGACAGGACUUUUUGAAAUAGAGUCGUUUAAAUGGGAGGUGAUGAAAAGCUUUCAGCACCGUGACCUUAAGGACUCCCAUCUCACAGAUGACUGGGAAUGCAGAGACCAGUUUGAGAGACAGCGAGCGAGACAGGAGUGCCAUUUCAAGCAAGUGGAAGUCACCUAUGAAAGCAUGCCUGCUUUCAAGCAUUACACAUCUGUCACCCUACUACACCAGAGCAACAGGACUGUUGAGAAACGGAUUGAAUGUAGUGAAUGUGGGAAAGCAUUUAGCCGUGGCUCACACCUUGUGCAACACCGGAAAACUCAUACUGGAGAAAAGCCCUUUGAGUGUAAGGAGUGUGGGAAAGCUUUUGGUCGUGCCUCCCACCUUGUUCAGCAUCAGCGAAUCCAUACCGGUGAGAAACCCUAUGAUUGUCCGGAGUGUGGGAAAGCCUUUGGUCGUACUUCCGACCUUAUUCUCCAUCAGAGACUUCACACUGGUGUCAAACCCUAUGAAUGCAAAGAAUGUGCAAGGACCUUUAGGCAGCAGUCACAGCUUAUUCUGCACCAGAGAACUCAUACAGGUGAAAAACCCUACGUGUGUAAAGACUGUGGGAAGGCUUUCAUUCGUGGUUCCCAGCUUACUGUGCACUGGAGAAUUCACACAGGAGUUAGACCCUAUCAGUGUAAGGAAUGUGGAAAGGCCUUCAGACAGCACUCACAGCUCACUGUACACCAAAGAAUCCACACGGGGGAGAAGCCCUACGAAUGUAAGGACUGUGGGAAGGGUUUUAUCCAUAGCUCAGAAGUUACUCGGCAUCAAAGAAUCCAUUCUGGGGAAAAACCUUAUGAAUGUACGGAAUGUGGGAAAGCGUUCAGACAGCAUGCACAGCUCAGGCGACAUCAGACCGUUCAUACUGGUGACAGACCCUUUGGAUGUAAGGCCUGUGGAAAGGCCUUUAGUCGUAGUUCAUACCUCAUUCAACAUCAGAGGAUUCACACGGGUGACAAGCCUUAUGAAUGUAAGGAGUGUGGGAAAGCCUUCAUUCGUGUUUCCCAGCUGACUCAUCAUCAGAGGAUUCAUUCAUAUGAGAAACCCUACAUAUGCAGGGAGUGUGGAAUGGCUUUUAUUCGAAGUUCACAACUUACUGAACAUCAGAGGAUUCAUCCUGGUAUCAAACCUUAUGAAUGUAGAGAAUGUGGGCAGGCCUUUAUCCAUGGCUCACAGCUUAUUGACCACUACCGAAUUCAUACUGACUAGAGCAUUGUGGGAUAUUUGUACCUGUGGGAAGAUGUAUUGCUGUGAUUUUUGUAAUAAAAAGCUGAAUGGCCAAUAGCUAGACAGGAGGUAUAGGCAGGAUUUCCGGGGAGAAAAGGAAGAGGAGAAGGAAUCAAGGCAUGCAGGAGACACAGAGAGGAAACAGGAGGUACAAGAUGGAAGAGAGGUAAUGCCAUAUGAUAGAAUGUAGAUUAAUAUAAAUGGCUUAAUUUAAGUUAUAAGAGCUAGUUAGGAACAAGCCUAAGCUAUAGGCCGAUCUUUCAUAAUUAAUAAGAUGUCUCUGUAUCAUUAUUUGAGAGCUCGCUGGUGGGACAAAAAAAAGGCUCGUUACAUGAGAAUCCUAAACAUCAGUGGCAUGGUCAAGCCUUUAUGCUAAGUUUAAAUCUAGCCAGAGCUAUAUCGCCCCCCAAUGUAACUCAUGUCAGAAAAACUUCGUUCAUCUCUUCUGCUAUAGGGUAUCAGAAAACUGAAUGCCAGUAGAAAGAUCCAAUGAAUAUGGGAAUUCAUUUUGCCUCAUUCACUGAUUAUUAAGCAUCAGCAAACCUGUGCUAAAAAUAACUUCAUAUUAAUAUAGAAAAGCCUUUUAUUACCUAUCAAAAUAUGUUCGAUUUCUUUUUGUUUUUUGUUUUUUUCGAGACAGGGUUUCUCUGUGUAGCUUUGCGCCUUUCCUGGAUCUCACUCUGUAGCCCAGGUUGGCCUCAAACUCACAGCGAUCCACCUGCCUCUGCUUCUCUGGUGCUGGGAUUAAAAGUGUGUGCUACCACCACCACUCAGCUAUGUUCAAUUUCUGAGAAUCCCAAAUAGAUAGUGAUCCUGAUUAAAAGAUUAUUGGUUUGA